AUUUUCUUAUAGUAAGCUUCUAUAUCUCGAACAUGAAGUUAAUGCUGUGUUUAUGUCUUCUUUCGUUUUUCGCUUUGACUGCGGCGGAUGAUACAGACUGUGAAUCUGAUCUAGAUCCGGCCGAUGAUCCGAGGAAUAUCGAAAGACCUUGUCCGAACUUCGACUUGGACUGUAUUCGUGAAUAUUUUACGAGUAAUUCGAAAUGUCAAAUAACGCUGGGGCCAGUACCGGAUCCGCUGCUUCUCAACAAUUACAGAUUAGAUAUAGCAAACUCUAAUAUUACCGCCCAAUUUAACAACGUAAGCGUUCGAGGUCUCAAUGGGAAUAUCGUUGAAUUUUACAUCAACAGAAAAACUGAGAAACUGGUGCUGGCAACAGAAGUGAAAAGCUUAGCAUUUGAUUCUCCACAGGUGGUAUUUAAAUACAACAGGAAAGGUAAAGAGCCCAUUGUACGAGGUGACUGUGUGGAUUGUGAAUACGGAGCUGCAACUUUCACUGCUGUAUUUCCAAGUAUCUGCGAUUUAGAUCUGAGCAAAGCUGAAGUUUUCACCUACGUCGAAGACUCUAAUCCCAGAUAUAAAAUAGGAUCACGACUAUUUUCCAUUUCUGAUUCUGUGGCACUAAACGAGUUCCUAAAGUUUAUAACGAGUAUGUCGGAAAAUAUUCAAGAAAAGUUUAUCUCGCAAGGAAGAAUUUUUAUGGCCAACUACAUAGAAUAUAAUAUCUGUGACUUUGGAUUAAAUUUAGCAUCUAAAUAAGUUGUUGAAAGUGAUCUUAAAUAAACCAGAAAAAUAAAAAUUGCUUUUCAUUUAUUGAUUAAAUAGUGUAUUUGUAAAACAGAGUUUAUAUUAUAUACAUAGUAUACGGAUUCUUGAAAGUGAAAGCUUCAGCGAAUUUGUAAUUUACUUAAUAAAUGGCUUUUA